UUUUUUUGGCCUUUUUCCCCGCAAGUGGCAAUUCUUCGCGCUUUUACGUGAUCCAUAUCUACCCGCCACUAUUUCUAUUUGGAAUCAGCAUAAUUCUCCAGAAUCUCUCUCUAGUUAUAAUUGUCCAUUUUGUAUAUGAACUCUAUAAACUAACCAAAAUUCUUUAUAUAAUUCCUAGUUUCAAUUUAUAUUUUGCUUUAUACGUUAGAAAAAAUAUCAUGUCUGCAGCAGUUGAAAUGAUUGGUCAUCAACUGAUCAAUGAUGUUCGAAAUCUCUCGAUCCAGAAUGAGGUUUUCACUUUUUUCGUUUUUAGUUUUUACCCCAUUUUUUUGGGUAUUUCAGAGUGAAGUUAAGGGGAAUUGUACAGCAGCUCCAGAGGAAAUUCUCCAAGCGGAUUGUGAGACUAACAAUAUUAAUGACACUAAUCAUCAUGGUGUUUGUGCAAUAUGUUUGGAUAAGAUAGCUCUUCAGGAAACAGCUCUUGUAAAAGGUUGCGAGCAUGCCUACUGUAUAACAUGCAUCCUGCAGUGGGCCUCUUACAAGGAGGAACCUUUGUGUCCUCAGUGUAAAAAUCCAUUUGAAUUUCUGAAUAGCCAUCGCUCACUUGAUGGAAGCGUUCACCAUUAUAUGUUCGAGGAGAGUGUAUUUCUUCUUCUAGGGGCCACAUGGUUUAAGCCUUUGAUUGUGGUGGAUCAAGAGGAGGUGGAUGUUGUAGCGGAAGAUUAUUAUUAUUAUGAGGAUGAUGGGGAAGAAGAUCUAGAUGAUGUUUACUUUGGCAGUUCAUCAAAUCUCCGCAUUGGUAACCGGAGAUGGGGAGACAAUGGAUAUGUUAGGGGUGGACGGCAAGAAGCAAGACCAAUUCAUAGGCCAAACUUCCAGGAUUUAGGUGCUGGUCCAUCUCAUCGGCCUAAAAGGAAAGAGCCUGCUAGAGAAAUGGUUGGCCGACGUGCAAAAAGGGCAUUGAAACGGGAAGCUGCUGACAAGGCUGCUGCAGCGAAGCAUGAGCGACAUUUGAUGAGGUUAGGUCAUAAGUCUGGCUGAGUGAACAAGCUUCUCAUAGCCUGGGACCAGGCACUUUGUAUAAAAUAUUUAAUUGACUGAGAGAAAUAAGGAUAGUAGAUACUUAGGUUUACUUACAAAAAUGGGCUGUAUCUUGUAUGUUGCCCCUGCUGUACCCAUCAAGAUUAAAUUGCUCAAGUACUGUAUAUUAAUUACUUGUUUAAAUUAUAUAUAAUAUAUACCCCUCUUCAUGUUUAA